AUGGCUCAGUACACGGGUCCCACACACCCCCACGGUCCUCCGAAGCAGUUUGUGCUUUGCUUCGAUGGCACUGGUAACAAGUUCGCAGGCGACGAGUCGGAUAGUAAUGUGUUGAAAAUCUUUCGCAUGCUGGACCGUAGCCAGAGCCACCAAUAUCACUACUAUCAGCCCGGUAUUGGAACCUACGUGACCACCAAAUCGCUCACCAGCCAUGGUCGCAUCCAGCGCAUCAAGUCCUGGUACCAAAAGGCCAAGGAUUCAGCCAUCGGCUCCUCAUUUGACGAGCAUGUCAUGGGCGGCUACAAGUUCUUGAUGCGAUACUAUUCCCCCGGCGACGAGAUUUAUUUCGUUGGUUUCAGUCGCGGCGCAUACAUUGCGCGAUUCCUGGCGGAAAUGCUAGACUAUAUCGGCCUCCUCGAAGCCGGAAACGAAGAGCUCAUCCGUUUCGCCUGGAAGACCUUUGCCAAGUGGCAGCAGCGCGCAGGCGACAGCGAGGCAGAAACGGAGGAAAAGAAGAAGCUCUUCCAGUAUAUGAAAGCCUUCCGGGAAACCUUCAGUCGUCCGAUUUCGCGCAUCCGCUUCAUGGGCCUCUUCGAUACCGUCAAUAGUGUGCCUCGCUUCGAAAACGCCUGGAUGCAACGCAGCAAGUUCCCCUACACAGCGCGCAGUUCUGCGAGAGUGAUUCGUCACGCUGUUGGUAUUGACGAACGUCGAGCCAAGUUCCGUCAGGAUCUCAUCUCGGGGCCCAGGCCGCAUGGUAAAGAGCACAAACGACAUCGCCAUCAUCUGGAUCCGCGUCGCCUUGAGCACCAUCUGAUGACGCGGCAUGCCGAUGCCAACCACCACUUGCAUAUUCGCCGCCAAGAUCACUACGAGGCCUCCGCCGAGCCGGAGGUCCCUGCUAUCACGGUCAACGACAACGGUGAGGUGCCCCAGAAUGGCGACGCGGCUCCCGGUGCAGCACCGCCAACCUUUGAGUUCCCUGGAUGGGGUCCCUCCGCAGGGGAGUCAUACUACCACGCCUCCCACCACUCACCGAACCAGGGUAGCGAGAGCAACGUCGGUGAGAAGACAAGCCAACGCUAUCGUGCAUCAUCUCCUCGACGCAUCAGUCUCGCCGUGCCGAAGCCCGCGCCUUCAAUCGACGACCUCCAAUCCGUCCGCAGCGGCCAGUCCGGUAACCUGUCCAUUCAGGUCCCCAGCCAAUACGGCGACGAAUCUGAGGACGAAGAUGACCAGGACAUUCACGAGAUCUGGUUCCCGGGCUGCCACGCAGAUAUCGGCGGAGGCUGGAAGCUAGAAGGCGGCGAGUUGUGGGCUCUGAGCCACGCACCUCUAGUUUGGAUGGUGCAGGAGGCUCGCAAGGCCGGCUUGGAGCUGGACGAGCGCAAGAUGAAGCAGUUCCAGUGUCUGGAAGAGUUUGACGGCGAUUACACACCCAUCCAGGAGGAGAUAGCUGCACGUCGACCGAGCCAGUGCGUUGAGGGCCACGGCGAUAACCCUGAUGUGUUCCGGACCUCGCCUGAUGAGAAGCAGCGAUCCGCUGCGAGCCGCGACUUCUGGCACGCAUUGCACACAUCCAGCACGAAGAGCGCCUUGCACGACUGCUUGAUGUUCAAUCAGGGCCUACCACAUAUGUCUGUUCUCUCAUGGCGAAUCAUGGAGUGGUUACCAUUCCGACGUAUGGAUUUGCAGGAAGAUGGCUCAUGGAAGCCGAUUUGCUGGCCAUUGCCUCGCGGUGAGGUUCGCGAUGUCCCGCUCGACGCGGAGAUUCACGUCUCGGCCAUCCGCCGCAUGCAAGCCGAUCCCAAGUAUCGCCCGGGCAACGUGAUCCUUGGCGGCGGUGGUCGUGGUGUGCGUGUUGCGCCGGAGUCAUACGGCAUGGGUGACUGGGUCGUCUUUAAGAAUGAGGGUGAUGGAGUUCGCGAGACGUAUGUUCGUAAGAGCGUGGCGACCAAGUGUAAGGAAGCACUGGAGCAGAAGCAGAAGCACGAGCACUGUUUGCACUGA